AUGCCUAACUACGCUAAAGACCAGCCCAUCGACUUCACCAAUGCCAUUGAAAGAGUCGCCAUUAUAGGUGCCGGAGGUACCGUUGGAUCGCACAUCACCAACGCUCUUUUAAAGACUGGAAAGCACACCGUCACGGCACUCACCCGUCAAGGCAGCGGCAACAAACUACCAAAGGGUGUUCUGACUGUCUCGGUGAACUAUGAAGAUGAGGCUACCAUUGUAGGCGCCCUCCAGGGCCAGCAAUUUCUGAUUAUAACCAUGGCCCCUACGGCUCCUAGGGACACCCAUAGCAAGAUUGUCCAGGCGGCAGCUAAGGCAGGUGUUCCUUACGUUAUGCCAAACGAAUAUGGAGGUGACAUUGACAACGUGAAGUUCGGCCAAGACACAAUGCUUGGUCCCAUUGGCAAGGCCAAUAGGAAUGAGAUUGAGGAACUUGGCAUGAAGUGGGUCACGAUGUGCUGUGGAUUUUGGUAUGAUUACAGCUUAGCGGGUGGAGACUCACGUUUUGGGUUCAACUUUGACAAGCGUUCGUUAACAGUUUACGAUGACGGAAACACCAAGAUUUCCACCUCAACUUUAUCGCAAGUCGGCUGCGCCGUGGCUAAAGUUUUGUCUCUGAAGGAACUCCCUGAGGACGAAAACGAUAAAAGUCUCACUCUUUCCGCGUUUCUGAGAAAGGGCGUGUACAUUCAGAGCUUUUCGAUUAAUCAAAAUGAAAUGUUCGAGAGUGUCAAGCGUGUUACAGGCAGCACUGAUGCAGAUUGGACCAUUACCCACGAGCACACCACAAAAAGAUAUGAAGACGGUCUGGCUCUAGUGAAGGCAGGCAACAGGGCUGGGUUCAGCAAAUUGUUGUACGCAAGAGCAUUUUACCCUGAAUCGUCCAUUAGUUUCUCCGUCAAGGCCCAGAACGAUCUGCUCGGAUUGCCAGCUGAAAGCCUAGAUGAGGCUACCAAGGUUGGUGUUGACAUGGUCAAGGAGCUGCAGCUUCGUGUUGAGCGCAUGGCGUCCUAG